ACGCGCUCGGCAACGCGCGGCGCUCGCGUUCCUGCCCCUCCCCCGCCUCAACCCCGCCGGCAGCACGCAGCGGCUCGGGCUAAGAUGGCGCUAGAGGCGCGGGGCAUGGAGCAGGAUGUGGAGGACGGCGAGAUCUCCGACUCGGACUCCGACAUGCCUGUGGCCGCCGCCGCCCCUCCCGGGCCGUUGCCGCCGAAGCCACAGGAUGAUAACAAUGCGGCUAGACCUUUCCAGGGCAACAUUUCAGGAUGUGCACCAGCUAUUCCUUAUCGGACAACCAAAAGUGUGGACUCCAGCGAGGACAGUUUUUCGGAUUCAGAUGAUGAUAGUUUCUGGAAACGGAAACGACAGAAAUGUUUUAACCAUCCUCCUGUGAAACAAGAGCCUUUUCAGUUUAAUCAGAGCCAGCAAAAGCAAACAACUGCUGUAGGAGGUAGAAAGAUCAACAACAUUUGGGGCUCAGUGCUUCAGGAACAAAAUCAGGAUGCAGUGGCCACUGAACUUGGGAUUUUAGGAAUGGAAGGUAGUAUUGACAAGAGCAGGCAGUCCGAGACUUAUAAUUACUUGUUGGCCAAAAAACUUAUGAAGCAAGCUCAGGAGGAGGUGGAAUCUUUAGACAAAGAGUUGGAUGAAUACAUGCAGGAUGACAAAAGAUCAGUGGCAAAGGAGGAAGAAAAUGGAAAAGGUCAUCUCAAACGGAAACGGCCUGUUAAGGAGAGAGUAGGUGAAAGACAAGAGAUGAAUUAUAAAGGGAGGUAUGAGAUUACUGAAGACGAUUCUGAGGAAAAAGUGGCAGAUGAAAUUGCUUAUCGGCUUCGAGAACCCAAGAAAGAUCUGAUAGUACGAGUAGUGAAAAUCAUUGGGACUAGGAAAGCUAUUGAACUACUUAUGGAAACAGCAGAAGUGGAACAAAAUGGUGGACUAUUUGUAGUGAAUGGCAGCAGAAGAAGAACACCUGGGGGAGUUUAUUUAAACCUCCUGAAAAACACACCCAGCAUCAAAGAAGAGCAAAUCAAGGAAAUUUUCUAUGUAGAAAACCAAAAGGAGUAUGAAAACAAAAAAGCUGCUAAGAAGAGGAGAAUGCAAGUUCUGGGGAAGAAGAUGAAACAAGCUAUUAAAGGGCUCAACCUUCAAGAAUAUGAUGAUGCAUCUCGAGAAACUUUUGCUAGUGAUACAACCGAGGCCCUGGCUUCUCUUGAUGACUUACAGGAAGGACACAGUGAAAUAAAGAUGGAAGGACACAGUGAAAUAAAGAUGGAUCCAGAGGAUACCAUUGAAAUGGAUAAUGCCCAUGAUUUGGAGAUCUUUUAAUCAAUAAUGUACUGAACACUUGAACUAUAUCUCUAUGAAUAUAUUAAAUCAGCCUUUUCUAUUAUACUUCUAACUUGUUUUCAUAAGUUUCACAAAUAAAGAUGAUGGGGAAACACUUGUAUGCUGGACAAAAUACAUAAUUAUUAUGUAAAUUUAACGGUGUGGAAGAGCUGUUACCUGUCCUAUUUUGUUGCUCUGUUGAAUCCCCAGAAAAUGUUUUAGGUGUUUUAGUUGACUGUUUUCUUUUUCAGUAUGUGUUGCCUAAAUUGAGUCAUUUAGCAAGUUUUGGAAUCAACUCAGGGCUACUGCUUAAGCAACAAACAUUCACUUUGACAGAUUAAAUAUAAAGUCAAGCACCACUCAUAGUUGUAAUGGAACAUCUGAUCUCCAGUAAGACAUGGUAUUAAAGGUGUGAUAUGGUCAAUAUGGCAAAGUAUUGACAAAAAUAGUACUACUGAUAGGAUUAAGACCUCUGUUCAGUUUCCCAAAAUUAAAGCGAUCGUCAGUCCCUUGAAUAACCACUUCCUCAGAGUGAGCAGUGGAGGCAGUCCAUGAUUUCUAGAUCUUUAAAUGGGACAGGACAGAGUGUUUUUGUUGUUGUUAUAACAAGAGUCGGCUAAGCUAACUGCUUGUUUGGUGUAAUCUUUGUAACUGGCAUAGGUUGUACAAACCUUUAGCCUCAAAGUCUGUUGACUGCAACUGAAUUCCUGCUGAAUGGGCUAGAUGCUGCUGCUGAUCCAAGUUUCUUUUUGAAGAUGUGUCUGUACUAUUUCUGUCUGUUCCAGACUCCACAUGUGCAGAAACGAAAUCCUACAAAAUGACUACACCCCAGUAUUUGUUUGGAUGGCAAGUAGCUUUGACCACAGGCCUGUAAGGCAACCCCCCAAGGUUCAGAGCCCACCAUCCUCUCUUACUUAAUUCUCUCCACUUUGGUUUCCGCUCCCCCAGUCUGCAAAAUAAGUCAUUCUUACCUCUCCCAAGAAGGUGUCAAUGCCUGACUUUGUUAACAUCUGUAUAGUAAUUUGAAGAUGUAGUAGGUGUAGAAGUGCUAAGCCGUGUGUGUGGAGGGGGGUGUUCAGUGUAGCAGACUAAUUUCUGUUGAGAUGCAUGACAUCUGAAAUAU